CGCGGAAGUGAGCUGUCAACAGCGCAGAGAGCCGCUGAAGUCAACUGUCCUCAACCAGACACGAUGUCCAACAACGAAGAGAUCCGCUACUGUCACAGGUUCUCCUACAUCUUCCUCAAGUUCAUCCUGUUCGCCUACGCCAUCGUCUUUUGGUUGAUCGGCGGCUUCAUCCUGGCCAUUGGCAUCUAUGCUGAGGUGGAGAGACAACGCUACAAGACACUGGAUGGAGUGUUUUUGGCCCCAGCUAUAAUUCUGAUCCUCCUGGGGAUCGUCAUGUUUAUUGUUUCGUUCAUUGGAGUCUUGGCUUCGCUGAGGGAUAAUCUAACCCUGCUGAAAGUGUUCAUGUACACCCUGACCGUGUGUCUGAUCCUGGAGCUGCUGGGAGGAAUAUUGGCGUUGGUGUUCCGCAACCAGACGGUGGAUUUGCUUAACAAGAACAUCCGAAGAGGCAUAGUGAACUACUACGAUGACCUGGACUUCAAAAACAUCAUGGACUUCGUACAGAAGAAGUUUAAGUGUUGUGGAGGUCAAGAGUAUACAGACUGGUCGGUCAACAUGUACCACAACUGUUCUGCACCUGGUCCAUUGGCCUGCGGUGUCCCUUAUACCUGCUGCAUCACAACUAAGCCUAAUGAAGUGGCCAACACUUUGUGUGGGUACAAGGUGUUGGAAAAAGAGCGCUUGGACUUAAUCAAAACCAUCCAUAUCAGAGGCUGCACCGAUGCUUUCUUCAUCUGGCUGAUGGACAACUAUAAGACUAUGGCAGGGCUGCUUUUAGGCAUCCUGCUGCCUCAGUUCUUCGGCGUGAUCGUGAGCUGGCUGUACAUCACGCGCGUGGAAGACGCCAUCAGUGAGUACGGUCACUACAUGGACGGACUACUGAACUCAAACACGCAUGAAAGACAAUCCAAGAGGCAGGGCCGUGUGUCAAAAUGGUUCAAGUGUAUGCCAGAGAUCGACUGAUGAAUCCAAAAAGCCAAUGCUCAGCUGGUUAAAGCAGUCCAGUCGAUCCAGAGACUGCCGCAGCCACUGCAGGAGCCUGCCUUUGGACUGCAAGUUUACCAUACACUCACUCCACUGUGGAGGAUUUUUAAAAUUAUUUUUUUGGGAGGAAGAAAUUGUUCAUGAACCAGUUUAUUGAGAGUUUGAGUGUUAUCUUACAGUGUACUAAUGCAUGAGUGGGAAAUGAGAGUUCUUUGCUUGUUUUUAGCCACGUUGUGCCUCAGACAGUCUCAGGGAUAAUCACAGAAAUACAACCACUGGUGCUUCUACUUUUGUAAUAUGACAUUUGUCACAUCACACAACCACAAUCUAUUGCACUGGCCUUUUUCUGAUCUGUGUUCAUUUUUUAUCUUCUGCUGCCAAUUAAAAUGUCACUUGACUCCUCUAUAGAACCACUGAUGAAGCAAGUCCCAUCAUUGACUCACUGCUGUUUGCAAAAACAAGUAAACUGCUAGGUAUUGUAGAAUAAGAUAUCAUCUUCAUCUGGAAGCCUUAUUUGUAUAUAAAGCUGGAACUACUCGGAGAUUUGACUAAAUAUAAGCUUUUUUUUUUAAAUUCACUUUAUUGAUCCCAAACUGGGAAAUUAUUCUCUGCAUUUCACCCAUCACUGUACUUGAAACACACACAUGCAACAUGCAGUGAACACACAGGAGCAGUGGGCUGCAUUCAAUCUUCAUUCUUUGUUUUGUUGCCUACGCAUCAGCACACACAGGCCUCAGGAUUCAAACCCCAGUUUCUACAAUUACACUGGCCCAAUAACAGAUUUGGGAAAAUGAUUAGAAGUGUAAUUUGUAGGAGACAGAGUGUCAGGAAACAGGACUCACCAGGGUUUACAUGUUAGCCUUGUUUGCACUGAACAGUCAAUUAGAGAUGGACUUUAUCCUCAUUAGCAUGGUCACAUACCAGGGCCAGACACACUGUAUAAUAAUCCCGGCUGAAUUCAUUCAGCUCAUGUCCAGGUGGCUGCUGGAAAAGAAUACAUUUGAUUUUAACGUCAACAUGUUGUGUUGUCCGUCACCCUGAUUCGGUCUGGCAGGCCUUCAUGAGAAAAGUGUCUUUUCAUGUUUCAGCUCAGUCUUUACUUGACUGUUGGCUGCUGGGUUGAAGGUAAAAGUUAUGUGUAUAUAAUUAAUUUGUUGAGGGUUUGUUUAAUAUGUGCCAGUAUGGCUGCAUAUCUCUCUGAAUAUCAGUAAUUAGGAGACACAUCAGAUUCAAUGUACUGCAACAAACCACAGCUUCUCGCUGGUGAAACAGCAACGAGAAGAGAAGCUCUGACUUUCAUGUUUUAUGACGUAAUGGAUUAGGAAGUAAAGACUGUUUCCACUCGGGUUACUUCAUUUGUCUGCCUCGUUAAGCCAGACAUACCUAAUGGGGGUGAAGCUAAAACGACCUUCUUGGCUAAUUAACGAGUCAUCACACAUUUAGCAGCCUCACUGGUCAUCCAGCGUGUCGGGGGAAUUGGAAGUAUAAAACUCUCAGCAAUUUUACUUUCUUAAACUUAAAAUCUAUUGAUCCAGCUCUGAUAAAAAAGUAUGUUAUUUAUUUUAGAGGCAGUUUUGUGUUUUUAUUGUAAGACUUAAAACCAAACCCAGUCCAUUCAUGCUUGAAAGUUUUCUGAAGGCUGUAAUGUGAAUGUAGUGAUGAUGCAUUAAUCAUCACUAUAGCCUACUAUCACAGGUAAAGUGCCAGUGUUGUCUAACAUGAUACACAAAUGUAUGUCCAAAGUUCUGUUAUUAGUAUCAGUCUGUGGUGUCAUCUUCAGCUCAUUGAGUUGCACAAAACCACACUUUCUGAUAGAAGCAUGUUGCCUGGUAGAGGGUGGAAAAUAAAGUGAUUUACUGCUGUUUGAUGAGUUCUGUUGUUUACCUUCAUCUGGCUGUAGCACUGAGUUGAUCCUCCUGUCAAGGGAUAUUUGGGGGUCGGGGCUUGUUAAAUAAAUUAUGGCUACCACGGCAUCACACUGUGUAUUUUCUAGGGCAGGCCGCACCCUGAGCCACUAGCAGUGUAUACAUUUUUCAUGCAUGCACAUUU